GAACAAGCCUUACCAAUGUAAACACAUUCAGCGACCUUGGUUUUUUUCGGAUAUCGCAUUUUUGCAAAAAAAUAACUGAAAAUGCCUGGGGAUAUCCAGAAAUGGGAUCCUCGAAAGAUGUUCGAUUUAUCCGAAAAAGAUAUGAGCGUAUUUGCAAAGCGGAAACAAAUGGUUGAAGAGAGAAAAAUGAAAUUCCGAGUAUUAAAGGACCCGAGAGCUGGUGGUUAUGGUGGCACUGUUUUUGACCCUGCUCUGCAGAGAUGGUUCUCGGCACGUCACACCAUUGGGGAAAACUUCAAACCAAAUAUAAGGAGCACAAAGUACCUGUUCUUCACCCUGAUUCUACCUGUAACCCUCCUCACAUAUCUUGUACACAACCAAAGGAAAAAUCGAGAGGCUAGUUACCGAAGGGGAGAAGUUUCAACCCUAGAUAAACCUAACAAAGUCCAAUAUUAGAACAUGGAACUGUUAUAUAGUGAAAGCAAUGAACUGUUAUUAUUAGUAUAUGAAUAAAUGAUGGAGUGAAUUUCAAGCAUCAUUGGAUGGAUAGUGGCUGCUUCAGAUGGAUUUACUUCAAGCCUUUUUAUAAAGCUACCUUAUUGAAUGAAAAUAUAAACAAAGUUGUUAAUGUAAGUUAGUAGUGAAAUGACUUUGUGUGUCAGCAGUCUAUAUCUGUUUUUUUAUUAAGCUUUGAUUAAACAUAGCUAUAUAAAUAUC